AUGUAAACUUCACCUCCUUUUUCACAUAACCAUUCAAACCCACUCUUGAUGAAAGAUGACGUUGGAAAAGCCAAACCAUCUACAUACAACCUUCCUAAUCAAGACUUCAUUUAUGGACAACCAUUAUCGAGAGACAAAGAAGGAGCCAAAGAAGGUAUUUAUCACAACCUCAAUCUACCCAAGUUACCAUGACAUGGAAAUUUCAUCAGGAAUCUCAAGAUAGAGUACCCAAUAGAGAUUUUGCUGAACUCAAUAAACAAUCUAUACACAAUGGCUCAGUCAAAGCACAUGUAACUGAUUCACUUAUUACUCUUCCAGGAUAUGUACAAGUAUAGACAGACUCACGAUGCCAGACUUUAAAUAAAGAAGGGUACAAAUAUUCAGGCCAUCGAAUUGCCAGAAGAAGAAUUUCGCUAUGGUCGCAAGAACAGGUACUGAUCCUCUCUAUCUAGACCAUCAACUCCUAUGAAGUUGGUUAUGGGCAACUCCUAUGGCAUCGAAGCUGAAUCAACCAUUCUAGAUAAAUACCAACACAGAGCUGGAUCUCAAGUAUAUACAAUAACAUAAAACCAAGGAUUCCAAAAUGACUUCCUCAGUUGUCAAAGGCAAUAAGGCAUCCCAACUAUUUCAUGAUAGCAAUCACAAAAAAUUAGCAGCCAUCCAAGGAGUAGAAAAGAAGGAACCCUUUAAAAUGGAGAAAUUUAAGUCUGUCAACCCCAAAAUUAAUACAAAUUUAUCAACUAAAAAAUGA